CGGUUAUCCUGUGGCGAAGCACUGGUGUAUGCGAGGAAAAUGUAUCGUCUCGGCCAACAGUAUAUCUCCAAGAUCGCCUUCGAUUUCUUUUUAUCAACUGUGCCACGAGAACGUUUUCACUUUACUAGACAAUACAAUAAAAGCUGGCCGUGUAUUGGCUGAUUUUUGAUUAAACAUUGUUAUUGAAUUACAGGACAAUGCCAAGGAACAAGAAGAAGAACAGCAAGGGGGGCCAGCAAAGAGCUGUGCAGCCUUUCAGUGAUGAGGAUGCCUCCAUCGAGACCCUCAGUCAUUGCAGCAGCUUCAGUGACGUCACAAGUGUAGCAGAUGAAGGUGGAGAGGCGAGUGAGGACACUGCCCAGGAGGACUUCCAGUAUAAGCUGAAGGGGUUUAUAGACAGCACUGUGGAUAAGAGUGCUAAGACAAGACAGGGGGCUCUGGACGGCCUCAAGACGGCGAUGGCCACUCGGAUCCUGUACGAGUUCAUCUCAGAGCGAAGGAUGACCAUCACAGACAGCAUUGAGCGUUGCCUCAAGAAAGGUAAAGGCGAGGAGCAGAGGGCGGCAGCGUCCUUGGCGUGCUUGCUGUGUAUUCAGCUAGGCUCGGGAAUUGAGAGCGAGGAGGUGUUCAAGACCCUAAAGCCCAUCUUCAAAACUAUCUUGGCAGAUGGAUCAGCUAACAUACAAGCGAGACAAGCUGUGGCGACAAGUCUGGGGCUCUGUACGCUUGUUGCAGAGGAUGACAUUUUGGACGUGCAGGCAACGAUGGAGUGCUUCGAGAACCUAUUCACCCGGUCGUACGCGAGGGCAGACGGAACUUGUCCUUCGAUCAAUCCACAGACGAGUCAGCUCCACGUCAACGCACUGCUCUCCUGGGCCCUGCUGCUCACCAUCUGCUCAGCCAGCCAGCUCAAAGACAUCUUAAAAAAGCACCUGCCCAGACUGCAGCAGCUGCUGGAGAGCGAUGAUGUCAACAUGAGAAUCGCUGCAGGGGAGACUAUUGCUUUGCUCUUUGAGCUGGCGAGGGACAUUGAUUCGGAAUUUGAGUUUGACGAGUGGGAUGAACUGUGUAAUAAGCUGAAUGCGUUAGCUACCGACUGCAACAAGCACAGAGCCAAAACUGACAAGAGGAAGCAGAGGUCUGUGUUUAGGGAUGUACUAAAAGCUGUUGAGGAGGGGGACUUCCAAUCUGAGACGAUUCGCUUUGGAACCGAACGUAUGACCAUUGACAGCUGGGUCAGAAAGAGGACCUAUGAUGCUUUCAGAGAGUUUGUGGGCUCUGGGAUGAACUACCACCUACAAGCAAAUGAGUUCAUCAGGGAUGUGUUUGAACUGGGACCACCCAUUUUGGUUGAUUCAGCCACAAUGAAGGCCAUGAAAAUUUCUCGCUUUGAAAGGCAUCUCCACAACUCUGCAGCAUUCAAGGCUCGGACCAAGGCCAGAAGCAAGUUCAGAGACAAGAGGGUGGAUGUGGGAGAAUUUUAAAUCUUUUUUUUUUUUCACUAUUUGUUAAACCUGUUAGCUCUAUUAAGCCACUUUUAGUAGAAUUGUAAGAAAUGUGUGUUUAUGUGACCGUAACUUCUGAAGUCUAUGAAAUUCCCUCCUUUGAAACAUUUGCUAUGUUAUGCCAACUGAUGUCCUCUAAUGUAUCAAUAAAACAUCUUGUCCAUCACCGACUAACAGGAUGAAAAUAUUUAAUAUUUAAAAAUGGAUUUUGGACGGACUGGUGGUGUUGUACAGAUGUGUAUUUUCUCAUAUUGCUGUGUAUUCAUUUUUUUUCUCCUUGCAUUUUAGUAAUUUAUGGAAAAUUUAGACCUUUGUCUUGUACUAUUAAUAUUCUAUUUACAUUAAAACACAUGGUGUAACACA